AUGGAGGCUGAAGAAUUGCAUGCUGUGUCUUGGGCUGGGAACCCAUCCUCUCCACCCGUGGUAGACACUGUGUAUGGCCGUGUCCUGGGGAAGUACGUCAGCUUGGAAGGAUUCACACAGCCUGUGGCGGUUUUCCUGGGCAUUCCCUUUGCCAAGCCUCCUCUUGGAUCCCUGAGGUUUACUCCACCGCAGCCUCCAGAGCCAUGGAGCUUCGUGAAGAACACCACCUCCUACCCUCCUAUGUGUUCUCAAAUCACAGGAGAUGGGCCAGUUCUCUCUGAGGUCUUUAUGAACCAACUGGAAAACACUUCCCUUGAGUAUUCUGAAGACUGUCUUUACCUAAAUAUCUAUUCUCCCAGUGCCCCGAUGAACAAAAGUGAGCUUCCGGUGAUGGUGUGGAUUCAUGGAGGUGGUUUGCUGGCUGGCGGGGCAUCCACUUUUGAUGGUCUAGCCCUCUCUGUUCAUGCAAACGUGGUGGUGGUAGCCAUUCAGUACCGCCUGGGCAUCUGGGGAUUCCUCAGCACAGGAGAUGAACACAGCCGUGGAAACUGGGGUCACUUUGACCAAGUGGCUGCCCUACAAUGGGUCAAAAACAACAUUGCCAACUUUGGAGGGGACCCAGGGUCUGUGACUAUCUUUGGAGAAUCAGCAGGAAGUGAAAGUGUCUCUGUUCUUGUUUUAUCUCCCCUUGCCAAGAACCUCUUUCACAGGGCCAUUUCUGAAAGUGGUGUGGCCCUCACUCCAUGUCUGUUCAGGAAGAACACCAGGCGUGGAGCUGAGCAGGUGGCUGUCACUUCUGGGUGUAAGGCCACUACAUCAGCUGACAUGGUUCAGUGCCUGCGUGGGAAGACAGAGGAUGAGCUCUUGGAGACCACAGUGAAAAUGAAAUUUUUUGCUCUUGAUUUACAUGGAGACCCCAGAGAGAGCUAUCCCUUUUUGACCACUGUAGUUGAUGGAGUACUGCUGCCAAAGGACCCAGAAGAGAUCCUGGCAGAAAAGAAUUACAACACUGUCCCCUACAUUGUGGGAAUCAACAAGCAGGAGUUUGGUUGGUAUAUUCCAAUGAUGAUGGGCUACCCACUCUCUGAAGGUAAACUAGACCAAAAGAUGGCCACAUCCCUGCUGUGGAAGUCCUACCCUCUUGCUAACAUCUCUAAGGAACUGACCCCACUGGCCACUGAGGAAUAUUUAGGAGGGACAGACAGCCCUGUUGAAAAGAAAGACCUGUUUCUGGACUUGAUGGGAGAUGUGUUAUUUGCUGUUCCAUCUGUGAUCGUGGCCCGCCACCACAGAGAUGCCGGAGGCCCCACCUACAUGUACGAGUUUCAAUAUCGCCCAAGCUUCUCAUCAGACCUCAGACCCAAGACGGUGACAGCAGACCACGGAGAUGAAGUUUACUCUGUCUUUGGGACACCAUUUUUAAAAGAGGGCGCCUCAGAGGAGGAGGCCAAGCUCAGUGAGAUGAUCAUGAAAUUCUGGGGCAACUUUGCUCGAAACGGGAACCCCAAUGGGGAAGGACUGCCCCACUGGCCAGAGUAUGACCAGAGGGAAGGGUACCUGCAGAUUGGUACCACCACCCAGGCAGCCCAGAGGCUGAAGGACAAGGAAGUGGCUUUCUGGACCAUGCUCAGGGCCAAAGAGGCAGCGGAGAAUCCAUUCCAAGGAGACACUGAGCUGUGA